AUGGACCAAAGCACCACGGAACACUCUGCCGAGCUGAAUAUCCCGACCGUAUCGGGGGCGGAUGACGUCUCGCGGAGUGAUGCUGCUCAGAUUCCAGAGGAUGCCGCGCAAGUUGAAUCGCAGCAUACAGUCGAGAGUCUUGGGCUCAGCACAGCACGCGAGAGCAGCACGAAGAAACGAGGUGGAGGUGAUGAUGGGGAAGACGUUGCUACUCCUGAGGUGCCAAAGCCAGAAGUUGCGAUCUCGCAAGAGGCGACGCAUCAGCUGGAACAAGCCUCGGAUGCGCCGGACAGUCGAGAAGCCAUUACGCAAUCGAAUCGUUCUGCUGCGACCGGAGCGAGCGCCAACACGCCAGGUCUGUCUGAGACGGGGACCGGCGAGCAAGGAGCACACGAGUCUUCCCAGGAAGCCGCGAAACCUCCCGUUCAUGCUGCCAGCAAAACAAGCCUCGUCGAGGACGUGACAACGGAGACCGCUGGUGUGCAAAGUCAAAAUGCGCCACAGCCACCCAACGCGCUAGGGAAAGAGGCUUCGCAGCCGAGCACGGAGCAUGUCGCUCACGAGAACAAACAAGCACCAGGAUCCGAGAAUGAGACAUCGACAAGACCUACCAUCUCUGUUCCGGAGCCAAACAUCAGCAAUACAAUAGCGGUGCAGGAUCAAAGCGAUGAAGUAGUCGCUUUGCAUGGAAGGUCUCCCGGGUCUCGUGCUGCAGAUGCGGGCACCUCAUCAGAGCCUAGCGGUCCUUCGAUCGGUAAAUCUGCUGCAGUACUUUCCCCGCCCUCAUUGACAGCUCCCGCAACACCUCAAAUGGCUUCGUCCGCUUCAGCGCCCAACACUCCUCGAACGCCUGGCUCGGCGGGUAUCAGGGUGGGCAAAGGACCCCCCCCUACUACCCAAGCUUCGGAGGAAAGACCGUUCGAUUUCAAUAGGUUCCUGGAGCAGAUGAGGACAAAGAGUGCCCAGCCUGUGGGCGAGUAUGUCAAGAGUUUCAUCAAAGGCUUCUCCAAGAAGCCCUAUAGAGUGACGGACCAGCAAAAGCUCAUCUUUGAUUUCCUCGACUUUAUUUCUGGCAUCAUGAAGCAAGUGGCGCCCUUUUCCACGCUGUCGCAGCACGAGUUCGAGAAUGCGAUGGAGGCGAUGGAGAAGCUGAUCAUGAACAGGCUGUACAGUUUCACCUUCAGCCCGGCCAUUGCGAGAGAUGGAAGGUGGAAAGUGCAGACGGACGAUUUGGAGAGGGACAGAGUCUUUAGACAAAGGGUCAGGCUCUUUGAAUGGAUCAGAGAAGAACACCUCGAUGUGCCGCGUGGGGAGCAUAGCCAGAGCUUUGUGGACUUUGCCAAGCAUGAACUCCUCAAGAUCAACCACUACAAAGCACCGAGAGAUAAAUUGAUCUGCGUGCUAAAUAGCUGCAAGGUCAUCUUUGGCCUUAUUCGACACCUAUCCAGCCAAGAGAGCGCCGACACCUUUAUCCCUUGCCUCAUCUUUGUCGUCCUCAAAGCGAAUCCGGAUCAUCUCAUCAGCAAUGUGGAGUAUAUCGGGAGAUUCAGGAAUCCGGACAGAUUAUCCAGCGAAUCAGGAUACUAUCUGUCGAGCUUGAUGGGCGCGAUCGCGUUCAUCGAGACGAUGGACUAUACCUCCUUGUCCAACAUCAGUCAGGAGGAAUUCGAAGCCAAGGUUGAGGCAGCGAUUCAAGAUCUGGCCAAGCUACCUCCGGACACGCCCCCACCGAGGAGCUCCUUCGAAGGGCAACCCGCAGCGCAUGAAAGUGGUGCGAGCGUCACGGACACGAUCAACUUGGGAGGUCCAGUCGGGGCGGCCGAAUCCGAGACGGCCAAAGCACUUCCCGCUCCGCCCCUCGCGCUGUCCUUAGCGGACGAUACCAAAGCCUUCUUCCAGCGAACGGGCGAAGUGGCACGCGCUGGGCUGGGAGCGAGCUUGGGCAGGCCUAUGGGUGCGCUCGGCAGACUGCUCAGCGAUGGAAUCGAUGGAGUCCGAACGCCGCAGAGUGGAGCAGCCAGUGGACCAAACAGCGGCCGAGCAUCCCCCUUUACACAGGCAGGAUCCGAAAGCCCCGGCAAUCUCAGCACUGAGAGAGCGCAGGCAUCUUCGCUUGGUGCGGGCGCAGGACGAAGGUUGUUUGCGGGCCUGUUUGGAGGAGAGACAAAUGACAGGGAAGAAGGCUCAGCGGGCAACGUAACAGCCGGAACUUCGACUAGACCUCUUUCUGGACUCGGAUCUGCCUCCUGGACGCGCGCUUUCAGGGGUCCUGAGGCGGACGAAGAGCCGGGCACGCCCAUUCGAGAAGGCCGAGCUGGUGAGGCUUUCGGAUUUUCGGGCAGAACGUCGAGCGGCACGGCAAGCGGAGGCAACGUGAUUCGAGCUGGAACCGGCGCAGAGGAUCUGACGGACGAGAGUAUUGCGGGACGAACUGGGCGCGCACAUGCACCUGGAGCGCCUACGAGGAGCGGUAUGGUGGACUUGAUUGGGGCUGCCGAGGGGAGAAGACCGCCUAUCCAGAGGCAAGGCAGUGUGGAUCCAUACUCCAUGCCGGAUGAAGAUCUUGGCGACGGCGUUCGUACCCCUACAGACGAUGGAAGUGAGGAUGAGCAGUCAGGCAUACCGGCAAGCGCUGCCACACGGACCACGAGGGGCACAAGAGGAGGAGACUUUAGGCCCAGCUUUUUGAACGAGAGGGAAGUCGUCAACACGCCCACGAGGAGGAACGUGGGCUUGCCGGAUGAGAGGGAAAGAGACGCCGCGGCUUCGCCAUCCGAUGGGAGAGGUCGACCUGUCCACGAGGGACAGGAGGACAUCGAUGUGGCUGCGCAGAGCGCUGAGAUUAGCAGAAUACAUCUGGCUGCUGGCGUCGAGACGCUCAAAAGCAUCUUCCCGAAUGCCGAAACACGCGUUGUGGAGAUGGUCCUCGAAGGCUGCAACGGCGACGUGCAGGCGUCCAUCGAUCGAUUGCUUGAAAUGUCCUGA